GAGAAGGAGCUGGGUUGGGGCGUGCGCGCGCGCCGCUCUGUCAAGAAGCGCUAGUUCGCGCGUGCGCAGCAGCUGCCUGAGAAGGGGGUGUGUCAGCGCACCGGGAGAGAGCGAGCGAGCAGUCAGUGGGGGGAAGGGAACCCGAUAAUGGCGGCCAGGAGGAGAGAACGCAGCGGCGGCGACUCUGAGACACCUUGACCUUGAAGAUGGUGAGUAGCCAGCCAAAAUACGACCUAAUACGGGAGGUUGGCCGUGGCAGCUAUGGUGUGGUAUAUGAAGCAGUGGUGAGGAAAACCUCGGCACGUGUCGCAGUGAAAAAGAUUCGGUGCCAUGCUCCAGAGAAUGUAGAGCUAGCCCUGCGUGAGUUUUGGGCGCUUAGCAGCAUCAAGAGCCAACACCCAAACAUAAUCCACCUCGAGGAAUGCAUCUUGCAAAAAGACGGCAUGGUGCAGAAGAUGUCCCAUGGGUCCAACUCCUCACUUUAUUUACAGCUUGUAGAGACCUCCUUGAAAGGUGAAAUUGCCUUUGAUCCCAGAAGCGCCUACUACCUUUGGUUUGUGAUGGAUUUCUGUGACGGAGGUGAUAUGAAUGAAUACCUCCUGUCCCGAAAGCCCAGCCGCAAGACCAAUACCAGCUUUAUGCUUCAGCUCAGCAGUGCCCUGGCUUUCCUGCACAAAAACCAGAUCAUUCACCGUGACCUCAAGCCUGACAACAUCUUGAUCUCUCAAAGCAGGAUGGAUGCCAGUGACUUGGAACCUACCUUGAAAGUAGCCGAUUUUGGGCUAAGUAAGGUUUGUUCAGCUUCAGGACAAAACCCCGAAGAGCCUGUGAACGUAAAUAAAUGUUUUCUUUCUACAGCUUGUGGGACAGACUUCUACAUGGCCCCUGAAGUUUGGGAAGGUCACUAUACUGCCAAAGCAGACAUCUUUGCCUUGGGGAUUAUAAUCUGGGCAAUGCUGGAAAGGAUCACUUUCAUAGACACAGAAACAAAAAAAGAAUUGUUGGGGAGUUAUGUGAAGCAAGGGACCGAAAUUGUUCCUGUUGGAGAAGCGUUGCUAGAAAAUCCGAAAAUGGAACUGCUCAUUCCUGUAAAGAAAAAGACUAUGAAUGCUCGUAUGAAACAACUGAUUAAGGAAAUGCUUGCUGCUAAUCCACAAGACCGCCCAGAUGCUUUUGAAUUAGAACUCCGAUUAGUCAAAAUUGCUUUCAAAGACAGCAGUUGGGACACGUGACCUCUGGAGCACUUUUGGAGUACUUUGACCUCUUCACAGAGUUGGAGCUGUAACAACGGUGCGACAUUUUGUGGGGGGGAAAUCCAGACCAACCUAAAUUCAAGCUGUCAGGGUUCAGUGUAUUUAUUAUCCAUUGCAUUUCUGUUGUUCAGUGGGGGGAGGUUAAUUAAGCUUGACUAAGAGGCUAUUCUUGAUUUUUCAUCCAUACAUGUAUAUUUCCAGUUUGGAUAUUUCCAAGGUACAGAUGUAAUAUUAUCCAGUUGGUCAGGAAAAUUGUCAAGUUAGGGAGAUUGCUUUCUAAGAAUACAUUACAGAGUAUUUAAAACAUUCCAAUUUCUUAUUAUAGAAUUUGGAACACCCCUGAAAGAAAUUAUUUGCAUGCUGGUAAUGCAAAUCAUCUGACUUUGUAGAGUAAAGAUUUGUAUAUAUUUAUGUCAACGUGAUUGUGUGUGUUCCCCCCAACCCAUUCCAUGUGGAGAAAAUAUGUCCAUUAUUUAUAUUACCUGAUUUGGCUGACUGCGGCUCAUCCAUAAAUCAUAAGCGUAA